AUGGCGCCUGGGCCCCGAUUGGCUUUUGCGCUUGGGUUGGGUACGUGGGCUUUAUCGGUUCAUGCACAUUCGGCAUGGAAUUUGCGGGUGAUGGAGUCUCUGGUCGCGUUUGGGGAUAGCUACACGGAUGAGUCGAGGCUGAGAUACUUUAUUGAACAUAAGGAACGCCCUCCUGUUGGGUGGAUAGCUCCUGAGACAAGAAUUACCUCAAGUGGUGGCACCGUUUGGGCCCGUUACGCAAGCCGUUACACUGGCGCACAGCUAUACAACUACGCCGUCUCCGGCGCCGUAUGCUCCAAUGACAUCACACCUCGAUUCUUCGGACCGACCAACUCUACGUUCCCUUCUGUUGAACAGUAUGAGAUCCCCGCGUUCAUGGCAGACGCCAGUUUCCAAGAUCCAGCGACGGGGAUACCAUUCUUGAAUCUCCCCCGGCGGGAAACCGUCUAUGCCAUUUGGAUCGGGACUAACGACCUAGGCAAUGGGGCGUUCAUGACCGAUUCGCAGGCUGCAGGGACGACCUUGCCAGACUAUGUUGAAUGCGUCUUCCGCUCGCUUGAUAGGCUAUAUGAUCAUGGAGGCCUGUAUUUCGUGCUAAUGAACUUAGCCCCAUUGGAUUUGUUGCCUCUAUAUGCCCUACCGGAGAGGGGCGGAGUGAGGCGGCCGCCGUUUUGUCCGAACAAGCCGGAGAAUAUUACGGAGAUUUCCUAUCGGAUGAAACAGGCUGUUGUGGCUGUGAAUGAGAUCAUGAAAUUAAAGGUCGAGAUUUCUAUGUGGCAUCGAUAUCGAGGGGCGGGUAUUGCCCUCUUUGAUACGCAUUCGUUGCUUUCGGACAUGUACUUCAAUCCAAGGCGUUACUUAAACGGCACGAAACCCCCCGAUAUCCAGGGCUGGAUCAGACACUGCGAUCACAGGGGACAAAACUGCGACGAUCAGCCCUCUCCUGACUCGUACAUGUGGUAUGAUGAGUUGCAUCCCUCUGAACAAACCGGUCGGAUCCUUGCGCAGCAUUUCGUGGAGGUUGUUAAAGGGACCAGUGCAUUUGCUACGUAUUUCAGCUGA